CUGCUGCUCCGUCACCGGUGGAUGGAACUCCAACCAAUUCCAAUUUCAGUAGCAGCAGCAGCACAAAUCAGUCUCAUUAUGCGCCACUGCACCACCCUCGUCCUCAUCCUCCUUCCCCAUAGCAACCGCCUUCCUGGGGUCCGCCUCCGCAUCCGGAUCAUUCCGCUUAUCCUCCGCCUCCUCCUCUUCCUUUUCCUCCGCACCCUCAUAACGGAAGUAAUCACUUCACUCCACUGCCACCCCCUCCUCCCAUUCCUAGACCUUACAUGCCUCCUUCGCAGAUUUCCAAUACUUUCUCUCACGUCAAUCAGGAAUGGAGCAAUUCAAACUGGUCUCAUCACCAUGCCAUAAUAACGUGGAGGAUUGGGGAGCCAAAGCUAGAGAAUGGGCAAACACUAGGGCUGCAAUGCAGGACCAGCUGGUGCAAUCACCAAUUACUCCAGCUGGCAGACCGGAAGAGCAAAAUCAUUUUCAGGAUCCAUAUUCACAAGAUGUUGAUUCUCAUUAUAUGGACGCCCAACAGUCACUGCCAAUUUCUAGCUAUCCGCAGUUCCCUGUUCCAGCAUCAUCUCCUCAUGGAUCACCAGUAACUUAUCCAACUGAGACUUUGUCUAACAGCUCCAGACCAUCUUCAUAUAUUUCUGAUGGUUAUCCGCCUUGCCAUGUUAGAGAUGGAACUUCACUUAUGGAUCCUAACAGUGGAUUUCUUCACCAAGAAAGUUUACCUGCCAGUUCGUCUGUUCAUCUGCAGGAGGUACCUUCUUGUUAUUCUUCGGUUUCAGGAAAGGAAAAGUCUGCACAAGAAAAGGAACAGCCAUAUAAGUCAUUUCCCUUGCCCAUCAGCUCUAGAGUCAGAUCUUUGUCGUAUGGAAAUCAGGCAGUGGAUCCUGCAGCUGAUCUUAGUGAUCGUCCUUUAAAUUUUGCACCUAGGUUUAAUAAUGAUCAUGACCGACAAAUGCAAUCCAAUUAUGCUGUUCAUCAUGAAUCACUAGGAAGAGGCAUUGAUCCCAUUGCUCUAUCAUCUUCAAUUAACUCAUGGACUUCUCCAGUAGCACCUGAUGUGGUUUAUCCUCCUGUUCUUCCACCUGGAGCACAGCAUGACCCGUUGUUGCCUUCCCCCGUUUCUGGACACGUGGCACCUUCAUUUCCAAGGUUUCCUGGGCCAAGUUUUCAGCCAAACAUUCCAUCUGCAACUGCUCCUUUUGUUCUUGGUGUGGGAGUUCAACUUCAUCCUUCUACAGCCUUUCCUGUUAUUGCUGAGUUCUUGUCAUGGAAUUUCAUCCAGGGUCCUCUGCCUAAUUGGCUUGAGGAGGAAAUAUUAAGGAACAAAGCCACUAUAGCUAAGUCUUCUCUCGAACAUCCUAAAGAAGAAACAGAAUCCAUUGAGUAUGAAGCUGUUGAUAAAUCCUUGGCUAAAAAUGGUCAAGCAGAUAGCAAAAGCAUUGAUUCCUCUAGAUCAACUGAAGAAGAGGACGAUGAUGAGGAUUAUGUUGAAGCUGCUAGAACUGCAACUUUUUUUUUAUAA